AUGAAUUCCGAGAGAGCGAAAAAGUUUCUACGAGAAUGUCGGCCGUCGACGUGGGUCAUCGCCGGUUUCUUCUUUCACGACCGCGGUUCCUCUAUUCAAAAGUUAGUCCAAGGAUUUCUUUGUGAGGUUCUCUGUCAGAUUUUGAAACAGGACAAAUCUGCUGUCGAAUUGGUCCCUCCCAAUAUCAGAACUCAACUUGUGAAAGAGGACGGCAAAAUGGGGUUCGCUAUCCAUCAUUAUUGCGACAGUGACAUCCGAGCAUUCACGGCGGAUCGGCUGAGGCCGGAAAUAGGCCAAGACCUAGCCGAGCAGAGUCCGAUGCUGGAUGUCCUCAUCACCGACGUUGUUGAGAAGGCACAAGAGGUGUUUCUAUGGGCUCGACUCGUAGAAGAGUUGCUCGCCGGGAUAUCUGACGGUUACCUGCUAGAGGAGCUCCGAGAUCUCCUUGCCACCAUGCCCUCGGAACCGGAAGAUCUGUACGUGAGAACUCUGAAUCAAACCAGGAGCGGUUCAACUCAGAUGCUUGCGAAACAAAAAUAUGGGACGUAUGUGAUGCUACCACGUCAUCCGUCAACAACCCUCUCGAACUUCCCCGGUUCCUCCAAGCAGCUCUGUUCCUCGCUGGGGAUCGGAGAUCUCUGGUACCUCGGCUUUCCAGGGCACGGAUGA